AUGCCUUUGUCUGGUAUUACUUCAAAGAACGAUGAUGCUAGCCAUCAAAAUGGUAGUAAUUCACUAUUAUCAUUAGGUCAAGAUCAUGGUUUAUCUUAUCAACAAUUAGAUUCAAAUGAUGUUAAUCAAUUUGGUCAACAACAAGCUGGUAAUCAACAACCUGGUGGGAACCAAAGAGCUGCUGGUAAUCAAUAUCAACAACAACAAUAUCAACAAUAUCAAGGUCAACAACAAGCUGGUAAUCAACAACAACAACCUGGUCAACCUUUAUAUUACCAAUCUCAUCCUUCUCAACAACAAGGCCAAAACAAUCAAUAUGGUCAAUCUUUACCACAUGAUUUUGGCUAUGGAUCAACUGGAUCAAAUUCAAAUCCCGGUGCAAGUGGUAAUAACACUAGUGGUAAUAACAAUAGUACUAAUGCCAGCGGUAGUGGUAACGCUAACAAUAAUGCCAAUAGUGGUAGUGGUGCUACAGGCACUAAUAAUGCAGCAGGAUCUGGUACAACUGGUGCUGGUUCAAACACAAACAAUCCAAAUUUUAACCAGCAACAAUUUUCUGAAUUAAUGUAUAAUUCUUUCUUAACUCAAUUAUCUCAAAAACAACAACCUCAACAAUCUCAAUCUGUUAAUCAACAACAAUUGAAUAUGAAUAAUUCUUUAAAUCCUGCUACUGCCGCUGCUGCCGCUGCCGCUAAUAACCCAGGUUUUAUGAAUCCAUCAAUUCAAAGAUAUUAUCAAAAUAAUUUAUCCGGUUAUCCAUCAAUGAUUGAUUCAUCAAAUCAAUCAAUGUUACAACCUUCUCAUCAAAUUCAAUCUCAAUCAGGUAAUCAACAGAUGCAUCAACAAAUGCCUCAACAAACUUCUGUUCAAUACCAACAACAACAAGCUAUUCAACAAGCUCAAUUGCAAGCUCAAGCUCAAGCUCAAAUGCAAGCUCAAGCUCAAUUACAAGCUCAACAACAACAGCAACAACAACAAUUACAAGCUCAACAACGUCCACAAGGUCGUGGUCAUGCAAAGAAAGGUCCAAAGGGUCCACGUAACACCAACAACAAUUCUCGUAAUAGUAAUGCUAAUUCUGGUACUAAUGGUUCAGGCCAUACUACAAAAGGUGGUAAAAAUGCUAAUGGACCAAAAAAAUUAUCAACAACUCAAAGUAGAAUUGAAAAGAGAAAACAAUUGAAAAAACAAGGUCCAAAGAGACCUUCUUCUGCUUAUUUCUUAUUCUCUAUGUCAAUUAGAAAUGAAUUAUUGCAACAAUUCCCAGAUGCUAAAGUUCCAGAAUUAUCAAAACUUGCAUCUGCAAGAUGGAAAGAAUUAACAAGUGAAGAGAAAAAACCUUUCUACGAUGAAUUUAGAGUUAAUUGGGAGAAGUACAGAGUAUUAAGAGAUGAAUAUGAAAAGACUUUACCACCAAAGAGACCAAGUGGUCCAUUUAUUCAAUUUACUCAAGAAAUUAGACCUAUUAUUGUUAAAGAAAAUCCUGAUAAGAAUUUAAUUGAAAUAACAAAAUUAAUUGGUGAAAGAUGGAGAAAUUUAGAUCCUGUUGAAAAGACUAAAUACACUGAUGCUUACAAACAAAAAUUAAAGGAAUGGGAAAAAUUCUAUCCUGCUGAAGAAUUAUUAAAGACUGAAGAAACUAAACCACGUAAGAACAAGAAAAAUAAGAAACAAAAUAAUAAUAACAAUGAAUUAAAUUUAAACUUGGUUAACCCAUCUGCUACUGGUCAUCCAGGUGAUUUAAACGCUACAGGUGCUCCACAAACUAUUAACCCUGUUAACACAGAAGUUAAUAACGUUGGAAAUGGUAUCAUCAAGCCAGAAUGA